CCAGGUUACACAAUCAACCACGAAACAGUGCUUGCUUUGAAUUCCCUUUGAAUCUAAUAUUCUUCGUCUUCUUCCUCUUCUCGUUUCACCCGAAACGCCUUCUCUUCUUACAAAACGGGGCUUUGUGUAAGAUCGUCUCUUUGUCCUCGAAUUUCUGUUUUCUUGCUUCAAAUUUCGAAACCACAGAAAAUGGAUAGGUGAAUUGUGUUGUAGUUCUUUGGUGUUUUUUUUUUGUUGGGAUCGUUUGGAGAUCGGAUUAAUUAUGGCGAGGAGUAGAUCUUCUUCAUCGGCGAGCAAAUUGAGGUUCUGUAACCCAUCGUAUUAUCUCAAGAGACCGAAACGGUUGGCUUUGCUCUUCAUUGCGUUUGUUUGUGCUAGUUUGUUUGUGUGGGAUCGCCAGACUACUGUUAGAGAACACGAGCUGGAAGUUUCCAAGUUAAAUGAAGAGCUGAACAGAUUACAAAAUAUGUUGGAAGAGUUCAAGACUGUUCAUGGGGAUGAAGUUGGAAGGGUCAACAUAGGUGAACAAUCUGGUAAGCUUUCCAAGAAGGUUGUUCCAGAAGAUCCUAUUGAUGUUCAGCGCAGAGAAAAAGUAAAAGAGGCCAUGAUUCAUGCUUGGAGUUCUUAUGAGAAGUAUGCGUGGGGCCAAGAUGAACUUCAGCCACAAUCAAGGAGUGGUGUGAAUAGCUUUGGUGGUCUUGGAGCAACUCUCGUAGACGCUCUUGAUACAUUAUAUAUAAUGGGUCUCAAGGAGCAGUUUCAAAGAGCUAGAGAGUGGGUUGCAAAUUCAUUGGAUUUUAACAAGGACUAUGAUGCUAGUGUUUUUGAGACAACCAUAAGAGUUGUAGGUGGACUUCUCAGUACAUAUGACCUUUCAGGCGACAAAGUGUUUCUUGAAAAGGCUAGAGACAUUGCUGAUAGAUUGUUGCCUGCAUGGGAUACUCCAACAGGAAUUCCUUUUAAUGUUAUUAACUUGGCACAUGGAAAUGCACGUAAUCCUAGCUGGACUGGGGGUGACAGUAUUCUCGCAGACUCUGGUACAGAGCAGCUAGAGUUUAUUGCUCUUUCUCAACGGACAGGAGACCCACGGUACCAGCAAAAGGUGGAGAAGGUUAUAUUGGAGCUUAAUAAAACCUUCCCUGCUGAUGGUUUGCUUCCCAUCUAUAUUAGUCCUUAUAGAGGAUCUGGAUCGUACUCAACCAUAACCUUUGGUGCCAUGGGUGACAGCUUUUAUGAAUAUUUGCUUAAAGUUUGGAUACAAGGGAACCAAACUUCAGCCGUAAAACUUUAUAGAGAAAUGUGGGAGACUUCGAUGAAAGGUCUUUUAAGCUUGGUUAGGAGAACAACACCAUCAUCUUUUACAUACCUUUGUGAGAGAAACGGGGAUGUGUUGACUGACAAGAUGGAUGAAUUGGCAUGCUUUGCUCCAGGAAUGCUGGCUUUAGGAUCAUCUGGCUACGGGCCUGCUGACUCUAAGAAGUUCAUUUCUCUUGCUGAAGAGCUUGCUUGGACUUGUUACAACUUCUACCAGUCAACACCAACAAAAUUGGCUGGAGAGAAUUAUUUUUUUCAUGCUGGGCAGGACAUGAAUGUGGGUACAUCAUGGAACAUAUUGAGACCAGAGACGGUUGAAUCACUCUUUUACCUGUGGCGUUUCACUGGCAACAAGACGUAUCAAGAGUGGGGUUGGAAUAUAUUCCAAGCAUUUGAAAAGAACUCCCGUAUAGAGUCGGGAUAUGUUGGACUGAAAGACGUUAAUAGUGGUGUCAAAGACAAUAUGAUGCAGAGUUUCUUUCUUGCUGAGACUUUAAAAUAUCUCUAUCUUCUAUUCUCACCGCCUUCAGUCAUUUCCUUGGAUGAGUGGGUUUUCAACACAGAGGCCCACCCUCUAAGAAUUGUGGCUCGACAUGAUGGAGAAAGUUUGGAAAGAUCUGAUGGGCAACAUAAAGAAACGAUUAAGACACGUGGCAGGAAGGAAGGUCGGUCUGGUGACCAUUAAGAUUUUUACUUGGCUUCUGACUUGAUCACUUCUAUGAUUCCAGGCUCUAGUCGGCAAAUAGAGGAACCUGCUGUUCUGUUAUAGAACAAUGCAGCUCUAGAAAUUUUCUUCCUUCUGGGUUAGGGUAAAUUGUUUUACAACAUAGGAAACUUAUGCGCUAGACGUUUUUUGUAUGUAACAUAAAACAUAGUUCAUCUUCUAUACUUAUUUGUCUUAUAGGAAAGAAACUCUCUCCAAUUAGUUCAUGGCCCUCUUAUGAGAUUGACCAUACGUACAUUUUUGGAUGGAUAUGUAUUGUUCAAUUGAUUUCUCUGCUUUCUAGAAUUCUCACUGUGAGUAUGUGUGGUAUCAGAAAGUAUUUUAAUUCUAUGCUUCAGGGUUGUUAAAUUCAUACUUUUAUGAUAAGUUGGGAGUUCUGCAGUUUGUUGAA